AGAAAUAUGUCUCUUGCAGGACCUUCGGCAAUCCAUUCAAGCCAGCAAGUUUGGAGAGCGUGUUGAGUUUAAUCAAUUCAUAACGUCGAGAUGGAGCCGAACUCACUGAAGUGGGUGGGCUCGUCUUGCGGUUUACAUGGACCAUAUAUAUUCUAUAAAGCCUUUAAAUUUCACCGGGAUGGCAAACCGAGGAUUCUGUCUCUCGGAGACUUUUUCUUCGUCAGAUGUAAACCGGAGGAUCCUAUUUGCAUAGCGGAGCUUCAGCUGCUCUGGGAAGAAAGAACAAGCAAGCAACUUUUAUCAAGCUCCAAACUUUAUUUUCUACCCGAGGAUACUCCCCAGGGACGGACAGUCACCCAUGGAGAGCACGAGGUAAUUUCAGUGUCUGAGAAGGUGAUUGUGCGGCUGGAGGACCUGGUGAAGUGGACUGUACCAGACUUCUCAGGAUGGGCCCACUGUCUGAAGGCCGAGCCUCUCAAACCGUCGGUGCUCCGGGAGCUGGGGACCAACGGGAGGCGGGAGGCUCUCCACCGCUACCGAGAGAGCACCCUGACCAGCGGACUCAACUUCAAGGAUGUCCAGAGGGAGAGGGCACAGCUAGGCCAGGAGGAGGAUGGGCGGAAGGUUUUGGUCCUUAGUUAUCCCCAGUAUUGCCGCUACCGCUCAGUUUUGGCGCGGCUCAGAGAGCAGCCAUCCUCUCUGCUCAUAGAUCACACAGUGCUGGCGCUGGGCGGCAUCGCUGCGUUGUGCGGUAGCACGAGGAUCCUGUACUGUCGGGACACCUUUGAACACCCCACCCUGCUGCAGAAUGAGAGCAUCUGUGACGAGUUUGCUCCCAACCUGAAGGGGCGACCUCGGAAGAAGAAGCUGUCCAUCUCUCAGAGGAGGGACUCCCAGUGUCAGGCUCAGGGUCAAUGGUCAAUAGGGUCAACCCAGGGGUCAACAGCAGUGGCAGCACAGGAACCCUGCAGCCCAGAGAGCAAAACUGCUACAAAGGUCAAACCCAACUGUAAAACGGUACCCAAUGGAAAAAUAUCCCCGGCAACCAAACACAAGGCCAACGGCCUCAGCAAGAAAUCCUCAGCUGAGGAGAAGGAGAGAGGGAAGGAUAAGGAAAAGGAAAAGGAAGAGAGUAACGAGAAGGAGGAGAAGAAAGAGGAGGAAACAUCAGAGGAGAACCGAGCGGAGGAGCAGGCUUUCUUAGUAGAGCUCUACAAGUACAUGAAAGAAAGAGACACGCCCAUAGAGAGGAUCCCCUUUCUCGGCUUCAAACAGAUCAACCUUUGGACUAUGUUUCAAGCUGCUGAGAAACUCGGAGGAUAUGAGUUGAUCACAGUCCGCAGACAGUGGAAGCAUGUAUAUGAUGAAUUGGGCGGGAACCCCAGCAGCACAAGUGCCGCCACGUGUACACGGAGACACUACGAGAGGCUCCUCCUUCCUUAUGAGAGGCAUAUUAAAGGCGAGCAAGACAAACCCCUCCCCUUGGCCAAACCCAAGAAGCAGGAGGGCAGCCAGGAGAAGGCUUCAGGAGCCAAAGCCAAAGGAGUGGGGGCCAAGAAAGUGAAAGGCCCCAACAAUCCCAAGCUGGGGAGUAAAAAGGAUGGAGGGGAGACAGUGAAAGGCCAAGAACAAUCACAGGACCCCAAGGGGAAAGAGGAGAAUGAUGAGCUGUCCACAGCCAUAAAACAGGAAGUAUCUAUGAGAGAUGAACCAAUUGUAAUAGAGGAGGAAGAGUUACAUCUUACUUUGAAGAAAGAGGAAUCCUUGGCAGUGGAGCAGCCAUCUUCCCUGUGCCCCAAAGAGCCAGACUGCAGAGCCCCACAUGCAGGUCUACCGCUCCACAUGGGGCCUGGUCCCCAGCCUGAAUGGAGGCAAAUCAGCGAGGCCCUCCAAGCUAAACUCUCUUGUGAACAGCAAACUGAAGGGCAUUUCAUUCCUAAAAACCCCUACCUGCCUCACCGUUGGGAUCAGAACAAAUCUGCUGGACAUGUUGCUCUGCCUGAGCCCUCCUCCAGGGUCAAAGACAUAGAAAGUCAUGGUGGGAGAGUGGGGAAGGUGUUACCAAUGUGUAAGCAGGCAGAUAGACAGUGUAUAGACUUGAGCACAGAUUCCUUCCCAGAGAAAGAAGACUAUGGGGUCAUUAAGAAGGAGUCUACACAGGGCCCCGCACAGACGGCUGCCUACUGCAAAGCCAGCCAGGGGGUCAUGUCUCCUUUAGCCAAAAAGAAGCUCCUCUCCCAAGUGUGUGAGUCCAACCCUUUCUCCUUUACUUCUCCUUCUCUUCAGCCUCCACCUCCCACAGCUGCUUCCUCUCUCCCUGCCAUAUCAGUGUCUGAAAGGGAGAAGGAGAAGAUAAAGGGUGAGGAGGAGGUGGUAGGACAGAGGCAUGGGUGUGUGUCAGACAGCAUCCCGGAGGUAGCACCCAUAUUCAGGCCAUCAGUCAUCCAGCAUGCCCAGAGCAGCAAGCCUCACCUACAAGCCACCAGUGGCCCAUCAGAGAGGAGCGCUGCCGGGGAGAUUUCAGAGGCUUACAGCUGUCGGACGAGCCAUCACCUCCAGCCUCAAGUCAAUCCGCCGUGGCAGCCCUAUCUCCCCCGAACCCAUACCCAGGAUGGUGUAGACAAUGCUGGGGAGACGCUACUCCAGGGCCCAGCUGCUCAGCCCCGGAGCUACGCAGGUGACUGCUACUCCUCUCCUCACCUCCACAGUCUGUACAGGCAAACUGAGAACUGCCUGAGCCAGGAGAGGAUGGCCAGUUUCCCCAACGGAGAGCGGAGAGAGCACUACACCAGGGACCGUGAAGGCAGCCAGGGUUUUGUCUGUGGCGGCUUGGAGCAAGAGGGCUUGGCCUACAGAUCUCACUACAGUGACAGGACUCAAACACACAGAGAGAGGAGAGAGGCAGAAGAUGAGCCCAGAGACUUCACAAUCUCUAAACCUCUCUCUCAGAGGGUGUCCUCCUUCUCCAAGCCCUCCUUCUGCAGUCUCCCAUAUCCUAUCAUGCACCAGGGUUUGGAUUCCCACCCUAAGGCGUGCCGAGUUACUCCUAUGACCAUCUCUCCCUCCAAACAGAGCCCAGCAGAGUCAUCGCAGCCAUUUCCCAGCCCAAAAACUUCAAGUGAUUCGUCCCUCACCAGCCCCAUUCGACCCAGUAAGCGGAGCCUAGUGGAACCCGAUAGUGAGGAAGUCCCAGAAAGGAAAAUCCGCGUGGUGACACCAAUUCACCCCGCAGGCGCAAUCCGACGCAGCGACCCAGAAGAGCUAAAACCAGCUGAGCCGGCCCACGCAGUUCACCUCAACAACCAUCUCCCUGAGGGCCACCCAACAACUACCUACCCCCCACACCAUGCCGCACCCUUCUACCCUGGCAUGUACCCGCAUGGCAGCCUGGUUUCUCCAGGCGCCCAGGACGGGCUCCAGCAGCACCCAGGUCUGCAGUACCUGAAGAGCCAGUCAGCAGUGUCUCCACUCAUGCCUCCGUUAGCCUUCCACUCCAUGAUGUUCCAAAGGCAGCUGCUUGCCUCCAGCCCGCACCACUUCUACAGGCACCCGGGUGGGGCAGCACUGUACGGGGACCUGCUGCACCACCUGUACCCUCUCUCCACCCUCCCACCACCUCAGCUGUCCUCGGUACACCCCAGCACCAGACUUUGAGGGAGAGAGGAUGAUUAAUUUCUCCCUCUCCUUCCUCCUCAGAAACGUUUUCAGCUUCUCUUUGUCUUUCUGUCUCUCUUGCUCGGGGAUUGUGGCUCAGUCGAAAAUAAACACUGAUUAUAAAACUUUGGCAGUCAGGCAGAGUGAAAAUUCCAUUUUCUCUUUUUAUAUGUGUAUGCAUUUGUUUAUAUACUUUGCACUGUUCUUUAUUUUUAUCACCACUUACUGUAUCGUUUUUUGUUGUCGUAUCCUUAUUUGCACAAUGCUCAUGUGUAUGUGCUCACAAAUCAGUUUUCCGCUCUCAGUCACCAUGAGUCAGGUUGUUGCUCUGGAUGUGUGAAAAGUGGAGGGCAACAGAGAAAAGCCAUUUGUUUACUGCGUCUGAGGGCUAAACUUUUUUGCUUAAAAACACUACAAGUAACAUGACAACGUAAAUGAAAUUCUUUAUAUAACUAGAGGUGCGUUCACCAUUGCAAACAAUGUUCAACAGCUGUUUAGUGCAUUAUUACACUUUAGGCAGCCAGUGGUGUUGCAUCUGUUUACAUGUCUCCACGUUGAAAGAUGUUGCCUGUUUGUGCCACAGUAAAUCCACCUGGACUCCUUGGAAUAGACAUUAACACUCACCACGGUGCUGCGUAACAUGAAAUAGUUUCAUCAUAACAUUCAGAGGUGCUGUGUAUAACAGAUGUACUGUAGACUCACUUUUUACUCAGUUCAGGUUUUUAUUCGUUAAAUUGUAUUUCAUUUCAGAUCAUACAACACAAGCAGUGGUCAUGUUCAAUCUGUUGACAAAUCAUGAAUGUUUUUUUGUUAGAGUAAAUGAAAAGCCGUUUUCAAAAUUUCAAAAUUGAAAGUAAUUUGACCCCCAAAACCCUUUGUGAUGAGUAGACUAUAGCAGCUUGUUUUCGUCUGUAGUCUGUAGGACUAGCCUAAUGAAGCAGCCGUCUGCUGUGGAAUGCUCACCACAAGAAAUCAGCAUUUCAUCUUUUUGUUCUUGACUUGAAAAGCUCUUUUUCUGGUGAACAGACUCUUUUAUUCAACACGCUGAAAAGACUCACUGUAUGAUUUGAUAGGAAUGUUGUCACUUAGGAUAUUAUUGCUUUGCAAAUAUCUGUGCCUUUCGCAGUCUUGGAUUAGAGUUAGCACUACAGUCGUUAAGGUUUAUCUUCUGUAGAAUGGUAGGAAUAUCAAUAUUACUGUCACUCUUGUCUGAAAUGCAGCACACAGACACAUACAAAAAGUAUAUGGCACACUUGGCUAUCAGACACCAGACUUGAUAGGUAAGGCACAAAACUUUAAGUUUUUAAAAUUUAAACAGUUCUGCUUUAACCUGAUGGUUAGUAUUUAUGCUUAAAUAAAUCUAUUUACUUAGCUUAACUGUGUCAGGCAGUCGAUUAUAGAAAAACCUGAAAAGAUUUACUGAUAGCUGAUAUUGACACAGGUCUGGUGUCUGUCAUCCGCAGGGCAUGUGUGCUCUAUUUGUUUUCUAGCAGUGAAAGGUACCAGACUCCAUAAAGUAUGCCUGCCAUGCUCCAUAGCCUGAGGUGGAAAGACAACACCUGCUCUGGCUUUUACAACCACUAUAAUUGCAAUCCAGGAUAGUCGAAAUACACAGUUAAACAUGUCUGGUGUUUCAAAAGAAGAAAAAAAAAUGCUGUAAACGUCUAUGUGUAAAGUUUUACUGAAUACUUAGAUAAAGACAUUCAUAUCUGAUUAAGUACUGUACAUUACUGUGUGUAGGUAAAACUGGCAUUAGUGCUGGCUCCUGUACAGAACAUUCACAUGGGAUCAAUUCAUGACAACCCCUCUCGUCUUAUUUUCUGUGUAAAUAGCACUGUAGAUAGUACCGCGUGGUUGUUAUCAUUUAAACUGUUGUAAUCUGUAAAUAGUAUAAAAUCAGUAUAAAAGUCGGUUACACAAUCUAGCUGUGUCCUUGUUUGCUCUGUUUCAAGGUCACAGUGAUCAUGUUAGAUUUAAACAAACACUACAAUUUAAGAAUUAGAAUUACUUUUUAUUUGUUGUCGUUUCACUUUUUUCCCCACAUUGUUUCCAUUAAUGUGCAUCCUGAAAGUGUUUUUGAUACAGUAGCCAUCUGUUUACCAAUCACCCAGCUGGCAAGUAAGACAAAAAAAUAAAGACAUUUUGUAUGAUAUGACCUCCUGUAUAUUUAAUUAAAAUAUUUUACUAUCUA